AUGCGCAGGGCUCGCGGGACGCGCCGCGGUCUCCUGCGCGCCGGGGUUUACAUCCGGGUCCUGCGGCGCCGCGCUCCCCGCGCCGGCCGGGGUCGCUCCGGGUUGCUGGGUGCUGGUUGUUCUGGCUGCUCCCGCGUCGGAGGAGCCAGUGGGUCAACAG